UGGGUGGGGACUGGGUGUUCGCCGUUCGCGCCGACCCGCACGGUGGCCAUUUCUAGAGACUCCGUCGCCAGCCGUUUCGAUGCGUGUGAGUCCUAUCCGGCGCCCCGCCCUGCCUCUUCCUGCUCGGCCUCGAGCUCGGGCCUCUCCCCCCCCUCUCGGCCGUUCCCUCGCCGUCGCCGCGCGCCGCAGAGCGAGGCUCAAGCGGCGAGACGUUGCCUGCACGCCCCACGCCUCCGAGCCACUCGCCCAAGGAAUGAAGAUGGCCGUGGCAUUCGUGCUGUCCGCCAUGGCCCUGGCGCCGUGGGCACGCGCGCAGGGACCGACGCCGGUGCAGAAGGUGAUUGAGUUGAUGGAGGGGAUGCUGGCGAAGGGCAAGGAGGACAAGAAGGCGGAGCAGGUGGGCUACGCCGCCUUCAAGCAGUUCUGCGAAGACACCGAGACCGAGACAUCGCGCAACAUCGAGGAGGCCGAGAUGAAGAUCGAGACCCUGAAGGCCGACAUCGAGAAGUUCAAGGCCGAGGCGGCGCGCCUGAAGGAGGAGGCCGACCUGCUCGACGGCGACAUCGCCGCCUGGACGGGCGACGAGGCGGCCGCCACCAAGUUCGAUUGGAGGAGAGCCGACAAGCCAUUGAAGAGCGGGGCCUGCUGAGGCCAGCCGGGACUACCCGGGGCGGGCCGCAUGCGCGCAACCGGGCGUGUUGUCGACACUUUCCAAACGGAACCGCUGUGGGUGGAGGAGAGGAAACUUGAGGAGAUCGGGU